AUGGCGUAUCCGACCUAUUACGCUAACCACGGGCGCGGUCACCAUGUGUGGUGGUUAUGGGAGCGCUUCAAGGCGCUCUUUACCGGAGUUUCGUUCUACGCGCAUCGUGAGCGGCCGCUGUCUGCUGUUCGUCGUGACCACCUCUGGUGUGGAGACCAGCCUGAGCACUGGAACGGUUAUCGGUACGACCACCACCAGCCCGCGCCGCUACAGUCAUUCUCUCAAAACUACUCGGCGUGCCUUCACCAUCCUUACGGCUGCUUCUGUCAUACUCGGUACGCGACAUUGACGACGGCUAGCUAUAGCAGCCAGCCUUACCGCGGCAUCUUCCAGCCUGUGCCGCCAUACCCCAAGUACGGAGAGUACCCUAUCAGCAACCAAGCCGCUGCCACCUCCGCUCACUCGCCGGAGGUAGCUUUGUAUAGCAGCCACAUUGGUAGACGUUGGUCACCGCCCCCAAAGUACUCAGUUUACCCAGACGCACCCUGGGCUUCCCCAACCUCUAGCACUGUAAUCCCCAGGUGUCCCGAAGCUUACUGGCCGACAGAAAGACGCAUGCAAGCCCACUCAACUGGCGGUUCAAUGGGCAUUACACCGGGGACGCUCGCGGAUCGGACACCAAGCCCCCUGCGUGCCAAAGAGAGCACCCACCGACUUUACAAUCCCUCGCCACCGCCAGCACCUCCUCCAACGCCCGCAGGAUAUGCACUCGUCCAGUCCGUUUCCGAGACACCGUCUUCGGUUAAGAGCUGCCCUGCUAGUCUGCAAUCGAGACAGCCGUUCACAAGUCCUUCUCCUGGCUACCGCGAGCAGGGAAUGCUUAAUAGGGUCCCUCCCAGUGGUUAUCACCAAAGUCGUUCGCCAACACGGGCGGCGAAUCCCACCAGCCCUCCGGCCACAAUGUCUCAGCCGCCCCAGCCACCCGGCAGCAGGGAGUGGGAAGGAUCUCCCUUGGGCAAGCUCCUUCGCCUUUCACGCUCAGAGCCCGCCGCCAGCCCACGAUCCCCUAAGAUGCGUCGCCACCGUGCACACAGAGACAACAGUCCUCACCAGGUUUCAGUCGCACCCCUGUCGCCUAUCCAAGAGGAGCGUGGCCGUGCGGUGCCCUGCAGCCCUUCGGCAGCGCGCAAGCCACCGCAACAAGCCGAACCCAGGUCUCGUUCACGGUCCCGCUACCUGUCGUCAUCUCGGACGCCUCCGACGCCCCCUCCCACUCCCAACGUGGGCAGCGGCAGUCCCUAUCCUGACAGGCACACUGACAAGGUCGUCGGUCUUUCUAAUCGCCCCAGCCCCUUAGUCUCCACCCCGCGCUCUACCAGGGCAGUUUCAAACUCACCCUCAGCCGCUCCCUCACCGGCACCUACCAUGCAUCCUCAUCAGCAGCACCGCUGGAGUAGCCCGAAGCCUGACGGGCUUGCAUUCCGGGCCAAGAUCAUUCGCCGCCUCGAAAGCAAGCUUCGCGUUCGCGGCAGUUCCAGUAACUGGAGUGCGGAUGCGAACUCCGACCUAUCACGCAACACGCACGACAUCGUCAGCAGCCGCGACCGUUUCGACCGCCGCGACCACUUCGCAAUCACCUGCAGCUCCGAUCUGUGCGAGGCGUGA